AUGAUUUUUGUUGGAGCUUUGUUGCGCUUCGCUUGCCCGCUCGCUGCUGCUGCUUGUCGCGCUGGGAGGCGUGUUGAUGCCGCACUUGUUGGUGUCUGCUCCUACUUUUGUUGCUGUUUUUGUUGCCGUUUGCGGCUGCAGGCCCCUAUUGUGUUGGAGCACGUCGCAGGUGCAGUGCAACGGCUGGGGUGUGCGAACACCUCAGAGGGCCUCACCUUUCCGCUUCCUCUACCUCCGCCUCCAGGGGCGCCGAAGGGGCCUAUUUUUGGAGGAGACGUCGACGCCAGUGACACUUUCAAGGGAGGCUCUCGGUGGGGUUUGGUCUGCUCGGACGUGUGUAGUGCCGCGGCCUUUGUAGCCGACGUAGACGCCCCUACGCUGCUGGGGGUUCCAGGAGCCUCUCUUUUUCGCGCAAAUUGCCAAUUUUGUCUGGUGUACCUGAAUGGGUGGCCGCACGUCUUCCUCUGCUCCAUUCCAGGAGUGCCUCUUCGUCCCGGGGAAAUUCUAGUGCAUCACGGAUUCAAUCUUAUGGGAUCCAAGCAGCAGCAGCAGCACAUUGCUGCAGCGCGGGCGGCUCUGAGAAGCAGACUUGCAGCCACUAUUGGCGUAAUGAGGCCACUUCUUAGUCGCUCUACCGCCCGCUGCGUAGCAUAUGAGGGGGCCCCUGCUUAUCCUGCUGCUAGUAAGGACGGGCACUCCAAAGGCGUGCAAGCGCCCCUCGAAGACACCUCCUUGACAACCGGAGUGAGCUCCCAGCUUCGCCCCCAGGAGAGGGCCCUCGCGCUGCAGCGUAUCUACAGUCAGAGGGGCCCCAACAGGUUUGAGAGGUGUGAUAUCUGCAAGAAAGCCGAGUGCAGCGCUUGCGGAGGGGCAACGCGGGCAGCAAUCUCAGGAGAACUGCCCGGAGCAGCUGCGGUGUCAAAAGGAGCAGGUUCUUGCCAGCUAUUGCAGUGUGAUAGCUGCCUCAAUGGAUACCACAGAUGCUGUUUAGGCGCUUCCACGGAGUUUCUGCCUCCCCCCUCUGCCUCGGAAUGGCUGUGUGGCCGCUGUGUGAGCAUGGGAUACCGGGCUGCCGCUCUAGUGGAGACAUCUCCGACGUUUCUUCAAACCUGCGGAGAGGACUCUUGGAGAUCGCCUCUUGAAGGUCCUUGGAAGCCGCAGUGCGCAGUGGCGAUGACGGGGGGAGGAUCUCACUGGCUCCGUCAGGCUGCCGAAGAGGCCCUCUGUUGUGUUCUCCCGUUCCGAAUCAGGGGCCCCGCUCAGGCGUGCCAGGUAGGUCGUGAUUCUGUUUUUCUACGACCCAAUUUUCCCCCCUUUAUGCGUCUUGUACCGACCUUGCCGCUCUGCUUUUGCAGUAACAUCGUUCAGGCAGCUUCUGGUGCUGCGAAUGCUGCAGUUUUGGGAUCUUCAACACGCUGCUCGCAAGAGCGAGGCUCCAUCCAGCAAGCCCAACAACAGGAGCAAGGCGAGCACGACACGUCUAGCAUUGAGAAAGCGUGGAAAGCGUGGCGUGGAGCACAUCAGCAGCACAAGGAAGCUUGGGGCCUUCUGACUCCAUGUAUCCACUGCUUCGCUGAAAGACAUCGCCGAAUAGAGCAUCAGCAAAAGCAGCAGCUCAAGCGGAUAGGAUUGCUGCUUCGUUGGGCCCUCUGCGUGUUGCAGCGGCUCAAUGCUGAGGAGAGGGCCGUUAAGGAAAUGUGUUGGCUCCUCAUGUCAAGGCGGGGGGAGCUGGAAGGAGCUCUUGAGGGGGGGGCCCCUGAGGCGUUCUUUGAGAAAGCCCCUUGUCCUGGUGCUCUGGGGGGGCCCCAAGUCGGCCCCUUCACUCCCGCCACGUAUGCGAGUACCCUCGGUUCUGCUGCUGCCAAGGGGGGCCCCACCCCACCCGCGCACAGGCCACACCGCAACGGCGCGAGUGAGCGCCUCCCGUGCGGCCUCGCCAAGGAGGGCCCCCCGCAGCUAAGGGGAGGCUCGCGUUCCUCAAAGGGUCGUGAGAAUCCGACCGCCGAGGCGCUUCAGCCAGCAAAGCGCCAACGACGGGGGGCCCUGGCUCAAUCAGGGGCCCCUCAGGACGGCUGUCCAGUUGCGUCGAGCGCUGCGGCCUUCCGUGGGUCACGAUGCAGCAGCAGCUCCCUCCGGGGGCCCCACCCAAAAGGGAUCAUUCCGCCGCUUAGUGUGGCAGAGAGAGACAGAGGCCUCGCAGCCAAGGCAAGAGCCAUGCAUCCAGGAUUGAAGGGCCUCUACUGGCAAAAUGAUGGAUGGGGCGGCUCGAAGUGGGACUCGCACGAGAAGCGACAGCUGUUUCGAGUGUCUGGGGAAGCCCAGCUAGCUACUCAGCUAGCGGCGGCCUGUGAAUUCCUCCGGCAGCACCAACAGCAACAGCAGGAUCGGCAUAGACUGCCUGCAUCCACCGACGACUUGACGAGCCCCCGAGAAGGUGCCCCUGCUGCAGCGGACGAUGCGCCUGAGCAAGACGCGGAGUCGCUUGAGGAGCAAGUAAAGGCCCUCAAGCCGUUUGACUACCCCUGCAUCUCCUGGAGCCGCGUUAAGAAGUGUUUCUGCCUCAGAGUCUUCCAGCUCAUAGAGUCAAGGUCCCCGCAGCGGCCAUCUGGGGGCACACACGAAGGCCUCCACGAGGGGGACGGGGCCCCUCUAGGGGCCCCAAGAAAGAGAAGAGGCAAGCUCCUCUACAGCAGGACGUUCAGCGUUAAAGCCUACGGGGGUGUUCAAGAGGCCCUCGCGGCUACGUACGAGGUUGCCAGGGCGGUAGGGUACGAGCCUCUGGAGAACGCAAGGGCAGGCCUCAGAGGGGCCCCCCCUUCCGAUGGAUCUUCUGCCGUUGCAGACAGUGAGCAGGCACCUGUUCAGGCCCCAGAGGGCCCCCAGCAGGCUGCAGAAUCGGCUGGAAAGGAGCCGCUCCCGCCAACUCGGGAAGCCCCCUCCUACCUGGGCUUUGAGAAAAUUCCGGUAGGACAAGAUAAGGAAAAGCGUCUGACAGACAGGCGACCGGAGGCAUGCACUGAGCCUUGUCGUUCCUCCGUUGGAAGCAGCUCCGAAGCGCCGCCAGAAAGGCUGUCCGAGGAGAGACACGAACAAGGGCACUCGCACAGAGCCUGCAUUGCGAACGCGGCCCCCAGUAAGGACGCCACUCCUGGGGCAGAAACUUCGAGAGAAAAUCUCGGCAAUCCUGGAGAGUCACGCAAUCGGGAGGAGGCUCCCCUGGAGGGGUGUCGGGCCUCAAAUGGACGCUUCCCUUACACUGCUUGGAGUGCCUCCAUCCUUGCAGAUGCGUCUGGGCAUGGAGAGUCCGUCUCGCGCCUUGCAAGCCCCCGUCGAAGGUGCCUAGCGGAGGAGGCCUCCAGAGACUUCUGGAGGCAUCCCUCAAGUCGGUCGCUAGUUGGAAGGCAGGUCGAUGAGACGCUGAAGGAGCGUAGGAGUGGAUACCAGCAGCAGUUCCUCCCCCCAUCCAGAGCACCAGACGAAUCGGAGGAGACGCAGGCCCCUUGUGGGGCCCCUCCCAAGGUGAAGGAUGGAACGGCCAGGCCAGAGUGUCAAGGGCCCCCUUCAGACAACAGUGACAGCCCCAUACAUGCGCCAACGUCAGCCAGGCGUGUGAGGAGGCCCUCCAUACAUGCGGAAGGCCCUCCUCCGAGGCGUCAUACGUUGUCGCAAUCUCCUCAGAAGCGAUAUUGGCUCAAGGAUUUACCCGAGGCGCUCGGGGAGAAGGACCCCACGCGUCAUGGCGAGCGGCUUCCUCAGGAGCUUGCUCGGCACAGAGAGGCCUCACAAGAGCGCGAAGAUGCACAUAGGGGAUGCCACCGGGUGCUCCCGUUGGAGCCUCGGAGAUGGCGCGGAGCUGGUUCCCCUGCAAUGCCGUAUGGCGAGAAAGGUUCCUCUCCCAGGGGAUACUAUCCUCCUGCGAAGGCGAGAGAAGAGGGCCCUUCUUCUGACAAAGCUGCGGAACUAUUCGCAAGGGACCCGCGGCGUGGAUACACCCCUUGCGAGGGCCCCUACAGGGAGGAGCUUUCAGGGAGACGGGCACCUUGCUCUGACUCCUACUUAAAAAAGGGGAUUCUUCAAGAGGCUUCCGAUGGGGAACAUCCUAUAGGAACGCUAGAACUAGAUCGCGAGGCCUCUCCAGCCAUCGCUCACGGGAGCGUCAGGAGCUUCCUCCUCGCUCUCCACUUCAUAGGCGGCGAGAACAGGGGUACAGCCGCCACAGGUACUGCAGCCUGCACUCCAGCAAUACCAGCCGCAAGCGCAGCAGCAGCAGGAGCACCAGUAGGUCUCGUGCAUGUCUCUGGAGACGCUCCUUUGACUCUUGGGCCCCUCCGGCAAGAUGUCAGAGGCAGCAGCAACAACGACAGCAACACAUGGUCCGUCUUAGCAACCAGAGCCCAAGGAAAAGGACUCCCCGCCGCAGCAGUUGCCAAAGCAGCCGCAGGCGUAGCACCAGCUACAGCAGGGGUUCGGAAAGUCAAUCUCGAAGAAGGGGCUUCUGGGGACCGACAAAUCCUAACAAGGACCCUAAGGGGUCCUUCACAAGGCACGGUGAAUCCGCAAAAGCAUGCGAGACUCACAACAGCCCCACCGACAGGCCUUUCGAAUGCAGCAGCAGAGGCAGCGCUCAAUCAAGGGGGGAGGCGCUUCAUCGAUACAGAAUUUCUCAGUCCCGCAUGA